AUUGUAUUUUGUACAUCAACCAACACCAACCAACCUACCAAAUAAAUAAAUACAUGCUGACAAAAACCGCCCGAAAAAAGCAUCGACAAUUAGAACAGCAAGCGAAAAAUAUUUGAACAAAUUUGAACGAGCUUCUUGUAGGAGGACGGAAGCAAGCAAGCAAAAAAAAAAAAGCUCUAAAUUAACCGUAAACACGGCAAACGCAUCGACAAAAAAGAAAGAAACGUGAAAAAGCAAGUGUAAAGUCAGCUGUGCGAAAUUAUUUAUUUUUUUUGCAUAAGAGAAGAUUCGAACGAAUUUCCGUAGUGUCAAUUGUGAAAAGUGUGCCCAAGUAUUAGCAAUCAAAGCGUAGUAAAGAAAAAAAGAAAUACCUAAUAACAAAACCGAGAAAAGAAGCUAACGAAAGUGAGAGCAGUGUAAUGGCUCAACUGCGAUCCGUGAGCUGUCAACGUUCAAUUAAAUUGGUCUACUACUCUUGCAACAGUCCGGGCAACAGCAGCGGUCUCUUGGCGGCAGCCUCGCGACCUCUCCAUACCGAUGCCUUAAGAAACCGCCAACAACACCUCAUACAGCAGCAGCAGCAGCAACAACAACAGCAAUCUAAUCAUCAUCAUCAGCAACGGCUUCUGCAACGCCAUCUGCAGCAGCAGCUCUUCUGGCAAUCCCCAUUGUUGGGGGCACGUUGCCUCAACUCGGCCGAACAGCAGCGGCAACACGCUCAAGCGGCGCUCGCCGAGAGCAAAGAUGAGAAGAGCACCGCAGCCGGUUGCAGGCCAAAAGGCGCUGCAAGGGCGCCACCUAACUUUGAAGGAACGCCGCAACGCGAUCCCCUCGAUGUCAGCUUCAAUGAUCCCAUUGCGGCAUUCAAGAGCAAGACAACCUGGGAGCUCGUCCGUGCUUACAUGGUCUACAUGAUCUGCAGCAGCGAGAAGCUCGUGGAGCACAAUAUGAAGCUGAUGAAGGCGGCAAAAAAAAUCCUCGGUACAAAAUUAUUUUCAGUAUUGAUGAAGGCCACAUUCUAUGGCCAUUUUGUUGCUGGCGAGGAUGAGGAGAAGAUCAAGCCAACGCUGAAAAGACUUCGCUCGUUUGGCGUUAAGCCCAUCCUUGAUUAUUCCGUCGAAGAGGACAUCACCCAGGAGGAGGCCGAGAAGCGUGAAGUUGAAUCUUCCGUUUCGAGCGCUGGCGAUGAUGGCAAUAAAGACGCUGGCGCCUUGCCUCAGUAUCAUGUCGACAAAUCGUUUGCGGAUCGUCGUUACAAGGUGAGCAGUGCUCGUACCUAUUUCUAUCUUAAUGAGGCAACCUGUGAGCGCAACAUGGAGAUAUUCAUCAAGUGUCUGGAAGCUGUUUCGGCCGAUGAUGCCAAGGAGCCGCGUGCUCAGGCCACUGGCGCCACCUUUGGCACUGGCAUCACCGCCAUCAAACUGACCGCUUUGGGCCGUCCACAGUUGCUGUUGCAACUAUCCGAGGUCAUUAUGCGCACACGUAAAUACAUGGAGGCACUUGUCGGCGGUCAGGGCAAUGUGUUGACCCAUCACAAGACGAUCAAGGAUCUCGAGCAGUAUUACGCUGGCGUCCACGACAACAAGGAUGUCCAACAGUUCUUGCAGAAUGUCACAUCCGACAAAGAGGGCAUAUUGCAUCUGUUUCCAUGGUCUGGCAUUGUGGACGAGGACUCGCAGUUGAGCGAAACAUUUCGGGUGCCCGAUCCGACAACAGGUCAGAUGCGUCGACUGAUCUCACAGAUAUCACCCAAAGAGGAGGAGAUGUUUAGAAAUAUGAUACGUCGUCUAAACACAAUUGUAAAGACUGCCGCUGAGUUGGAUGUGCGCAUCAUGAUCGAUGCGGAGCAGACCUAUUUCCAGCCAGCGAUCUCGCGCAUUACGCUGGAGAUGAUGCGCAAGUACAAUAAGAACAAGGCCAUAGUAUUCAACACCUAUCAAUGCUAUUUGCGCGAAGCUUUCCGUGAGGUGAGCAACGAUCUGGAGCAGGCGAAGCGUCAGAACUUUUACUUUGGCGCCAAGCUGGUGCGUGGAGCGUACAUGGAACAGGAACGUGCACGUGCCCAGGCUUUGGGCUAUGCUGAUCCCGUGAAUCCCAGCUACGAGGCGACCACAGAUAUGUAUCACAAGACGCUCGCCGAGUGUCUGCGUCGCAUCAAGGUCAUGAAGGAUUCGGGCGAUGAUGCCGGCAAAAUUGGCAUCAUGGUUGCCUCGCACAACGAAGACACUGUGCGCUUUGCCAUUGAGAACAUGAAAUCGAUUGGCGUCUCGCCCGAGGACAAAGUGAUUUGCUUUGGCCAAUUGCUCGGCAUGUGUGACUACAUCACGUUCCCACUGGGUCAGGCUGGCUACUCGGCUUACAAGUACAUACCGUACGGACCCGUCGAGGAGGUGCUGCCGUAUUUGUCGCGUCGUGCGCAGGAGAACAAGGGUGUGCUUAAGAAGAUCAAGAAGGAGAAACGGCUGCUGGCCAGCGAGAUUCGUCGACGUAUCUUCCGCGGCCAGAUCUUCUACACUCCCAAGGGCAACUAUGUGCCCAUCUAAACGAUCUUAGCUAAUAUCGAUCGUCGACUCUCGAUCCACACACAUCAUCCAACAAUCGACACCCGACAGCGAAACUAAAGACACGAACGAAAAAAGCAAGUGACAGAAGACAGAUGAUGAUGGUGAUGUUGAUGUUUGGAGGAGUUACAUUUAAUUAACUGUUUUGUUCCGUUCUAAGUGUGUUUUAAUGUUAGACGUGCGGCUAUUAUAUAUAUUCAUACAUAUAUAUAUGUUAACAUAUAUAGAAGAAGAACCUUGACGCAUUUGGUAAAGUGAAAUGAGAUGAGAUGAGAUAAGAUGAGUUGAACUGAGAUGAAUAACAAAACAGAAAACAGAAUCAUAUGCGACAUAUUUUAAUUCCUUUUCGAAGUAAUGUAGUAAUAAUAUUCAAAUCAAGUUCGACUUCUCUGUGUAUGUUUAAAACGUAAAAGUAAAAACAGCAAAGCCGCAAAUAAAGCCCAAAACCAAAUGAUUAUUAUUAAACUUACAGCAGGAAAAGAGAACAAAUUAGUUAAUUAUAAUAAUAAUUGAAUGAUUUAUAAUAAUGAUAGCGAUGCGGAAACACGAAACACACACAUACACAUGACAUUUUUAGCAACUUAAUCGUAAGGAUAAAGUAUAAUAAUAAUAUUAUAUACAAUAUACGAGAGCAAGCUGUUUAUACUAUAUACGAUAUUACUAUAUAUAUAUAUACAUAAAUAUAUAGAGAGAAAGAUAUACAUAUAUAUGUAUAGUCAAUAGAGUCUGUGGCUGCAUUUUAGUCCAUUGAAAUUGUUCUGCUUCUCGUUUCAACUUUGUUUGUUGUGUGUGUUUUUUGUAGAAACAAAAAAAGUAAAAAAAAACAACAAGUCAUACUCGUAUUCGUAUUUGUAUUUGUAUUCAUAUUCGAUAUUCGUAUUCGUAUUCGUAUGCGCUUAGCCUGCUUUCUCCUCCUCAUUCUGUGUGAUCUAUUACUAUUAUUUGAUAUAUGUUCCCUUAAGCAUUAAGCAGUCUCUCAAUUGCAGUUCUGUUCCUUCUUAAAAAAUACUAUAUAUAUAGUAUAUAAAAUAUAUAUGCCACCCAGGGAUACACCUAAAAAAGAAAACCUAAUGAUUUAUUAUGUUUAUGAUUACGAUUAUUAUUAUUAUGAUUAUGCUUAUUUUUAUUGUAUUUUUAAUUUAGAGAUUGUAAACGAAUUGAUAAAUAAUCACAUUGUACUUGUUACUCUCGCUUUCGCUCUUCACACACCUUCAAUCCUUCCUCUCUCUCUCUUCGUUUCCGUUGUGUUCAGUUUUUAUCGUAUAUAUCGAUAAGGAAAAAAAAAAUAAAGAAACUUUGCAUCGCUGCAAUUAAAUCGAA